AUGCGGAUUCAAAAUUACUAUAACUCGGAAGUAUACAAGCUAAGAAGAAGCUUUCCUCGAGGGACUAUCUCGGAGACAUACAGAAACUCAUUCUUAAAACCAAAAUCGAAGGCAGAGAUCAAGUUACUCGCUGCCAAGAAACACAGUGAAGCAGAGAAGAGACGCAGGAUGCGAAUCAAUGCUCAAUAUGCCACCCUUCGCACCAUCCUCCCCAACUUGGUCAAAAUGGACAAGGCAUCAGUACUGGCGGAGACUAUAAGGCAAGUAAAGGAGCUGAAAAAGAACAUAUCGGAAUUGGAAGCAGCUAGUACGAGUAGUUCAGGUGAGAUCACUGUGUUUCCCAGUGCAGUAGACAAGUUGAACUUGGAACACUGUAAAGAUGAGGAGGGCCUUGUAAAGGCGACCUUGAGUUGUGAGGAUAGGCCAGGGAUAAUGUCAGCCAUUACAAGGGCUCUUAGGUCGGUGAAAGUCAAGGUGGUAAAGGCUGAGAUGGUGAAUGUAGGAGGGAGAACCAGAAAUGUGUUGUGGGUUCAAGGCCUGGAAAAAGGAAAUGAAGGGAUGGUUGUCCUGAAGAGGACGCUGAAGGCUGUCAUGCGCAAGCCAUCUUUCAAGAUGCAUCGUCUGACUCAAUAA